AUGCCUUAUUCAGUGGCUGUCAAUCUCGGUAUGACUGACUUCAAGCCAACAAGGAUAUCUCUCAUCCUAGCUGAUCGUUCGACAAGGAUACCUAAAGGGGUGCUAGAAGAUGUUCCAAUCAAAGUUGGAGACUGCAUGAUACCGACUGACUUUGUGGUUCUGGAGUAUGGAGAGGAGCCUAAGGAUCCUCUUAUCCUUGGGAGACCUUUUCUAGCUACAGCAGGUGCUAUCAUCGAUGUCAGGAAAGGCAGGAUCGCUCUGAAUGCUGGAGAUCUGGUGAUGAACUUUGACAUGGACAAGCUGAUGAAGAAACCCACCAUCGAUGGUCAGACCUUCUAUGUCGACACUCUCACAGAGUUCGCUGAGGAGAUUUUCCAUGAGAUGCUGCCUACAGACCCACUUGAGAGAGCUCUGACCACGUCUGCAUCCGAAGCUGAACACUUGGACGAAAUUUUCAGCAUCUUACUCGAAGAUGUUGGACUCCAGCGAGCAUAUGAUGCAGCUAACAUCGCAGAUUGA